CCUCCUCUCUCCCUGCAUCCCCGCAUCCCUCCCUCCCGGCAGUGCAUCCCCAUCCCCCACACGGUGGCCGUCUCUCCGGGUGAAAGCUGCCUUCCCUCCGCUACUGGCCCGCCGACUGAACGGAGCUGCAGCAUUCCGAGUCCUUGCUGACUUCAGACACCGCCGAUCUCAGUGACACGCGCACGGGGAAUAUUGUUUUAGUCUCCGAUCGAAUCCAAACGAUUUGCAUAUCCACUUCCACUCCUUCCUCAUUUGCAUACAGCAAGAAUGGCGAGCGGGCAUCCCACAGACAAAUUCAGUUUCAUGUAUCCACCAGACACGCACAAGAGCAAGAACAGGUUAUCUUCAGCCAUGAAUCCAGUCUACAGUCCAGUUCAGCCUGGCACCCCCUACGGAAACCCCAAGAACAUGGCCUUCACAGCAGGCUAUCCAGCGGGUUAUCCAGCCACGGCUCCCACCUACACGCCCAACCUCUAUCAAACAGGAAGUCCAGGGUAUCCACCAGGAUAUACUGCGGCUGGCACCCCCUAUAAAGUGCCACCGACCCAGUCAAAUGGAGCGCCUCCACCCUACACCCCCACCCCCACUCCUUACCCCACAGCCAUGUAUCCCAUCCGCAGUGCCUACCCUCAGCAGAACCUCUACGCACAGGGAGCUUAUUACACCCAGCCAGUGUACGCGGCCCAGCCACACGUGAUCCACCACACCACAGUGGUGCAGCCUAACAGCAUCCCCUCCACAGCCCUUUACCCGGCCCCGGUCCCUGUACCCGCUCCACGGAACAACGGCAUGGCUGCGAUGGGGAUGGUAGCUGGAACGACCAUGGCCAUGAGUGCAGGGACUCUGCUGACAACACCCCAGCACCCCCCAAUUGGAGCACACCCCGUAACUGUGCCAACCUACAGGCCCCAAGGGACACCUGGGUACAGUUAUGUCCCGCCUCACUGGUAGAGCCCGCCCAUCAAAUCUGGAGUCCACCAUCAUAUGCAACUGCUCAAAACCUACACGGGCUCCCAGUGAUAACCAUGGGAACCUGGCACCUGUCUGCAAGAACAAAACUAAAGUGCAACAGCCACUUUAAUAUUAUUGAUAUUGUUAAGAUGCGACAUUCUCUAACUUUUUUCUUUUUGUUUUAUUUUUUUACGAAAGCUGCUUUUGAGUUCAUUUUUCUGUUCAAUUGCCAACCAGUCAUUACCUUUUUGUUUUUGUACGGUUUGUUCUUAUGGUCUCACCAUUUCUUUAAAUCCGCCGUCUGUCAGUGGAACUCCAGAAGGACUCUCGACCAAUCACAGGUGUCGGCUGCUCCUGUGCUUGUUGCGCUGGUGUGUGCGAGUGCGCACGCACCUGUCAAGUGUGUGUGCAAGUGUGUGCUGUCCUGCCCACCGCUUAGUUGGCUGAAAAUUGUCGGGCACUUCCACCUGGUCAUCAUCUCCAUCCCUCAGCGCGGAGAGGCGCUGACCUAUGCUGCCAAAUUUUCUACCAACUCGAUUUCCACACAGGGUGUUGACACAAAUAGGAUUUGUUUUUUCUUAUUGUUUACAUUUCGUUCUGGGCGGUUCAUUUUCACUUGUCUUCCAGCACAUAGAUGUCUGUCAGUUAUCGGUGGUCAUGUGAACAUCACUUUGAUCAGAGCACUUAGCAGCUGUGUCCUCCACAGGAGAGAAACACCAACUUCUUGCCUGGCACUAUGCAGGCGAGUUGGUCAUGACAAUUGGGAAGUUUAAAAACAUGUAUGGGGUCAUUUCAAGGUCAAAAUAGAGUCAGUGGAAAGGCACGCUUUGGAACACACUCCUGCGUGUGUGCGCAUGGUUGCACUUAUAGUUACUGAUUUUACACACAGAGACAGAGGUGAGUGCAGCGGAUCAGGAGUUGAAAGGGUGGGAAAGAGGUGAGAGCGAAGGAGAUGGCAGCGACGUCAUUACACUUGCUUUAUAUCAAAAAUGCUCCACACUUGCAGGAUCUGGCCUGCGAGAGAAACGCACUGAUGUUUGCACUACGUGACGCUAUUUCUCUCCGCCACCUCAUUCGCUCUGCCCAGACGAGGACCAAUAAUCAAACACUGUUCGGAUGCUCCGCCUCCACCAGGUGGUACAUGUGUGCUCCUUGACGGGAUUUGUUCAACUUAAAUAUUUUGGUGCCCAAUUGCUGGUUUUACUGUUUAAUACUGCAACAGUUUUAGUGAUUUUUUUUUUUUU